AGUUUAUGGUCUCGCCGCUCCAUCAAGCUGCGGUGUUUCUCAGGAGCGUUGCUACCUUCAGUGGCGUGCACAUGUGUUUCAGACAUGUAGCCAAGGGGACUCACUGAAAACAACAUUGCUAUCACAGAUCCAAGUCUGCAACGUGGUGGACGCACCCGGCUCGGACAAGAUGAUCUCCAACGCAGGAUUGAAACAGACAGGAGUUCAGGAGAGGCAGUCGUUAAUGGGCAGAUCUUGACGGCUACCCCGCCGACCUGAGACUCCAAGAGUCGCCGCUGCAGAGCAUCGCGGCCACGCACUGAAUCCAAACAGCUGUUAUCCUCCACGACCAGCUUGGGACCUGAGACGAGACAAUGGCGAGCCUGGCUGACUGCUGCGUGAAGGUUGCAUUGAGGAUACGUCCUCAGAUGGCCAAGGAGAAGAUCGAAGGUUGCCACGUGUGUACGUUGGUCACACCCGGCGAGCCGCAAGUGCUCCUGGGGAAAGACAAGGCUUUCACCUACGAUUUUGUUUUCGACAUCGACUCGGAACAGCAGAGCAUCUACCAAGCGUGCGUGCACAAGCUCAUAGAGGGCUGCUUCGAGGGUUACAACGCCACCGUCUUUGCUUACGGCCAGACGGGCUCUGGGAAGACCUACACCAUGGGGACCGGUUUCGACUUGAGUCUGGACAUGUCGGAGCAGGGCAUCAUCCCACGAGCGGUUCACCACCUCUUUGAAGGGAUCCAGAGCAGGAAGGAGAAAGCCAAAGAAGCUGGCACCCAGCCCCCUGAAUUUAAAGUCAGCGCCCAGUUUCUUGAGCUUUACAAUGAAGAGAUCCUGGAUUUAUUUGACGCCACGAGGGAUCCAGAGAGUCGGACCCGGAAGUCCACCAUAAAAAUCCACGAGAAUUCUAGUGGUAGUAUCUACACCAGCGGGGUCACUUCCAGACUCGUCCAGUCUGAGGAGGAGUUGCUGCAGUGUCUGAAACUGGGCGCGCUGUCCCGCACCACCGCCAGCACACAGAUGAACGCCCAAAGCUCCCGCUCACACGCCAUCUUCACCAUCCACCUCUGUCAGAUGAGAGUCUGCCAGCAGCCCUUAGAAUUGUCAAACGGAGACGGGGGGACCAAGGAAUUAAAUGGUGUGGACUCCAAUGCCAUCGAGCAGCCCGAGUUUGAAGCGCUGAUGGCCAAGUUCCAUUUUGUGGACCUGGCUGGUUCGGAGAGGCUCAAACGCACUGGAGCUACAGGAGAGCGAGCCCGGGAGGGAAUCUCCAUUAACUGUGGUCUGUUGGCCCUGGGAAAUGUCAUCAGUGCUUUAGGAGACCAGACCAAGAAAGGAGGUCACGUCCCCUAUCGAGACUCCAAACUCACUCGCCUGCUACAAGACUCACUAGGAGGCAACAGCCGCACCGUGAUGAUCGCCUGCGUCAGUCCGUCCGACCGCGACUUCAUGGAGACCCUGAACACCCUCAAGUAUGCCAACCGAGCGCGCAACAUCAAGAACAAAGUGGUAGUGAACCAAGACAAGACCAGCCAGCAAAUCAGCGCCCUGCGUGCCGAGAUUGCUCGCCUCCAGAUGGAGCUGAUGGAGUACAAGGCGGGGAAGCGCGUGGCAUGCGAGGACGGUUCGGAAGGUUACAGCGACCUGUACCAGGAGAACGCCAUGCUCCAAAGAGAGAACGACACACUGCGCCUCAGGGUGAAGGCCAUGCAGGAGACCAUCGACCACCUCAACAUCCGAGUCACACAUCUGCUGGCCAACGAGGUCAGCGUGCUGCUCUCCAAGUCAAGUGAGGGCAACCAGGAGAUUGGGGCUCUAAUUCAGAACUACAUUCGUGAAAUUGAAGAACUCAGAUCCAAGCUGCUGGAGAGCGAGGCCAUGAACGAAUCAUUGCGACGUCAAGCCGCUCGGCCCUCCUCUCGAGCGACCUGCGCUUCCUCCUCUCUGAGCCCGGCCCCUGGACACCCCCCUGGCUCGUCCCCCUCGACCAUGUCCAUGGAGGCCGAAAUGACGGACGUGUUGCGCAGGGCCAAGCUGGACAUCGAAAGGCUGAAGAAGAAGGAGAGGAGGCAGAGGAGGAUGAGUCCAGAGUUGGAGAAAGGGUUGAAAAAACGCGUUAAGUUACACAACCACGAGAACGGCGACAACGGCCAAAAUGGACAAAACGGACUGAACGGAGAGAUCGAUUCGGAUGACAAUCACACAGAGGACAUCAUGUCGACGUUGCAGGAAGAAAGUGGUUGCGAUGAAGAGGAGGAGGAGGAGGAGGAAGGAAGGGAGGAAGAUGAUGAGUUUGAUAGCGAUGAGAGCCUGGUGGACUCGGACUCAGAUUCUGAUGAGAAAGCCAACUUUCAGGCCGACCUUGCUGACCUGACCUGCGAGAUUGAGAUCAAGCAGAAGUUAAUAGACGAGCUGGAGAACAGCCAGAGGAGGUUGCUGAUGCUGAAGCUCCAGUAUGAGGAGAAGCUCAUUCUGUUGCAGAACAAGAUCCGAGACACCCAGCUGGAGAGGGACCGCGUGCUUCAAAACCUCAUGUCCAUGGAAAACUACACGGAGGAGAAGGCUAACCGCAUAAAGCAGGAGUAUGAGAAACGUCUUAAGGAGAUGAACCGAGACCUUUUGAAGCUCCAAGCUGCACAGAAGGAACACGCGCGUUUGCUUAAAAACCAAGGCAGGUACGAGCGGGAGCUGAAAAAACUCCAAACCGAGGUCAAUGAGAUGAAGAAAGCCAAGGUGGCGGUGAUGAAGCAGAUGAAGGAGGAGCAGCAGAGAAGGAGGCUGGUGGAAGCCAAGAGGAACCGAGAGAUUGCCCAGCUCAAGAAGGAGCAGCGAAGACAAGAGUUUCAAAUCCGGGCCCUGGAGUCCCAGAAGCGACAACAGGAGCUGGUCCUGCGCAGGAAAACACAGGAGGUGACCGCCCUGCGUAGGUUGGCCAAGCCCAUGUCAGACCGCGUAGCUGGACGCGUGGCCCGCUGGAAUCAGACCGCCCCGGUUACCGACUCUGGCGCAGAGUUGUCCGCCAGCACGACGGCAAGCAGCUCCGAACCCGAGAGCGGAAAGACUGUGAGCGGGUUAGUGCGACAGUGGAACAACAAAAACAAUGGCUAUGGAUACCUGGGAGAGAGCGAGGGGAGCAUGGAUGGAACGCGGGUCAUUGGCAGCCGGAAGAAGCUGCAGCGGAAGCCGACGGGCGUCGGCACCAACGCAACGGCGGGCCGAUCCGUAGCCUUCUCCAAGUUGGCCCGUCAAAAGUGGCAAACUCUGGAACGGCGCAUUAUGGACAUCGUCAUGCAGAGAAUGACCAUUGCCAAUGUAGAAGCUGACAUGGAUCGACUCAUCAAGAAACGAGAGGAGCUGACGGUCCAGCAGGAGGCGCUCUCGCACAAGCGAGCCGUACUAAUGGCCGAAGGGGAGGGUCCAGAAGCAGAGGACCGACUCCUUUUGGAGAUCGGCGAGGAUCUCGAGGUUCUGAACGCUAACAUCGAUUACAUAAAUGACAGUCUGUCCGACUGCCAGGCGACUAUUGUGCAGAUAGAAGAAUCAAAGGAUGAGUUGGACUCAGUGGAUACAUCAGUGGUAAUCAGCUCAUGUUCUCUGGCUGAAGCGCGCCACCUGCUGGACCAUUUUCUCAAGGCCUCCAUUGACAAGAGCUUGCAAGUGGCACAGAAGGAGGCUCAGAUCCGACUCCUGGAAGGUCAGCUGAGACAGACCGACGUGAUCGGUUCAUCCCAAAAUCACAUGAUCCUCGAUGCUCUGCGGGAAAAAGCUGAAUGCAUCCCUGAACUGCAGGCUCUCCUUCUCAAUGUACAGCAGGAGAACGGUUACGUCAGCACAGAUGAGGAACCUUCUGAGUUCAGUCAAGCCUCAGAGAACAGUGUCUCUUUACUGAAAGAAUCCAACAGCCAAGAAGACCUCAAAAUAAAGGUGGAACCUCGUCUGUCAGCUCAGAUGAAGGCGGUGUCGGCCGAGUAUCUGGGUCCCGCCCUGGAGCAUUUGUCAGGCUGCAAGCAGGCGCAAAUCACAAAGUCUUUGGCCUCGCUGACCGACAUCCAGGAGGACGGUCUCAGCACGGUCAAGGCGAGCCUGGGCCUUGGUCUCAGCCUCUCUCUGCGGGACCCCUACCACAAGGACAGAGUGUCACGCACCAUCAGCUUGCCUAUCAGAGGACACACCUUUCCCAGGCAGUCACGAGGCUACGACACCUCUCCCAUCACCAGAAGGAAAUCUUAUGACCGUUCAUACAGGCCCACUGAUGGCUAUACACCACCGUCCUCCCCUCCUCUGAGGACCAGGAAUGACCGCAACGUGUUCUCGAGGCUCACCAGCAACCAAAGUCAAGGUUCUGCACUGGACAAGUCGGAUGACAGCGAUUCGUCGCUCUCCGAGGUGCUCAGGGGUGUGAUUAAUCCUAUCGGUGGCGUGAAGGGGGGCCGGACAGCCCCCUUGCAGUGUAUGUCUGUAGCCGAGGGCCACUCAAAGCCCGUCCUGUGUGUGGACGCCACAGAUGAGCUGCUGUUCACUGGAUCCAAAGAUCGUACCUGUAAGAUGUGGAACCUGGUGACAGGUCAGGAGAUUGCCACGCUCAAAGGUCAUCCCAACAACGUGGUGUCAGUUAAAUACUGUCCCUCCUCGGGUUUGGUCUUUUCCGUCUCGACGUCCUACAUCAAGGUGUGGGACAUACGCGAUUCGGCCAAGUGCGUCCGUACACUCACUUCAUCAGGACAAGUCGUGUCAGGCGACGCGUGUGCCGGCGCCACCACCCGCACAAUAACAUUUGCACAUGGUGAAUGUCAGAUCAACCAAAUUGCACUCAAUCCAUCAGGAUCUGUUUUGUAUGCCGCUACUGGAAACACGGUUCGCAUCUGGGAUCUCAACAGGAUGCAAGCUUUGGGCAAGCUGACUGGCCACAUUGGUUCCGUCAUGUGUUUGACGGUGGGACAGUCUCUGCUGGGCAAAGAUCAAGUCAUCACUGGCUCGAAAGACCAUUACGUAAAGGUCUUCGAUGUGGCGGAGGGGACCCCGGGUAACAUCGGGCCGGCUCAUAACUUUGAGCCACCGCAUUACGACGGCAUCGAAUGUUUGACCGUGCAGGGAGACGUGCUGUUCAGUGGAUCGAGAGACAAUGGCAUUAAAAAAUGGGAUUUGGAACAGCAGGAGCUCAGUCAGCAAAUCCCCAUCGCCCACAAAGACUGGGUGUGCGCCCUGGCUCACGUCCCGGCGAGGCCGUUGUUGCUCAGCGGCUGUCGGGGCGGCAUGCUGAAGGUGUGGAACGUCGACAACUUCACUCCCAUAGGAGAAGUCAAAGCACACGACAGCCCUAUUAAUGCCAUAUGUACCAACUCCAAGCAGAUUUUUACUGCGUCCAGUGACAAGACGGUGAAGAUCUGGCUGUCAAAGGUGUGGAGAAAGAGGUGACAACACAACUGACGGGCGGCGGUUGUGAUCUGUGACCUCACUUCCACCACCGAGGCAAUCCCACUUUUAUUUGUCACUGUGAAAAACGGAACAUUUCCCUGAAGGGCAAGAUAAACAAUUGUUCCUUUCAUGUUUUUGUUUUAAUUUUAAAAGUGCCAUCUGUCUUGAUGCCACUCGGACAAGGCCAAUGCAUCUUGCAGACGCUGCUGGCAGCACGAUUUCUCUCAUCGUAACAAAAUGAUGAGUGCCGUGCUCAUUCCCCUGUUUCUUGAGGAGAUUGAAAAGCAGAAUACGUAACGGAACAUCUGUGUAAACUCCUUGAGUUUCCCGGAAGAAGAUUUUUGUCUUUUUUAAGAUCAGUCAUCAUGUUUAUCAAGCUGUUACACAACUAGACAUCUCAAUUUCUGCCCCAGAUCUUUCUCUUAAUUAUUUAUGUCAAUGACUUUCUGUGCUGAUCAACAAGUAGUGUUUCAUUUUCAUUUUCCCUACCUCAUUUGUUUUUGGACUGUGCUUUCCAAGUGGGCGAGAAAAUCUUUAUGGGUCUCUUUGCACAAAAACCUGGUGCUGGACUUGUUCCGGCUCUUUAUGUCUGCAAAUGUGCCCUCUGUUGGCUCAGCCUGUCUUGUGCUGACCUUGCAAACACAAAAGCACACAUCCAGUAGCACAAGCGAGGUGAUACUACCCCUGGAGGAGCUCACUAGACUUCAUUAUCUUGUGCGAAAAGUCCAGACGACAGCAGAAAUACGAAACACCCCCUGCAGACGACCGCAGAUUAGUCCCAGCCCCCACCAGAGCCCCCGACAAUCCCUCUCAGUCUGUUUACAUAUCCAGUAACUGGCAUGGGUGCAAUCAUGCCAAUUAAGCUCAUCGAUCAUAAAGUUACAGUCUGUAGUGCAGGAAAAGCAAAUUUCUGGACUUGAAUGAUCUCUGGACGUGCUCCUUGGCAGACUCAGAAGUCAAGCACAGUGGAACCUCUUAGGUUGAACUCAAUAGAUUGCCAAACAUCUGUCAAGCACUUUAACUGUAAUGAUGAAGGCGUCUCAUUUUUCUUCAUUGUUACUUGCAAAUGGGGAAACGUAAGAAAAAUGUCUUCCAUACCAUAAAGAUCAGAAGUUGUCACAACAGAAAAGCCAAAGAAAAAGCCAAGCCCUCAUUCUGAGCGAUUCCUUUGACACCCUCUGAGCCAAAGUCUGUGAUUAAUUACUGACGUCUUGUAACGUCUUACAAGAAAUUGCAUUGAACCUUUGUUUGACAUUAAAGUCUUCGGAAUUAGGGCGUUCAAAUCCAGAGGUUCCGCUGUACUUGAUGUCGCUCUUCCAAGGAGAGAACGACCAAUUCAGCCUACUCACGGCAUGUGCAAAAUGUAACAAAUCCAACCAAAUCACACUUUGUCUGUUCACACGUAUUAGGAGUAACACAGAAUGCUAAUCUGAAAAAACGAGGAGGAUGGCAGAUCUCCACCUCUGACAGCAGAGGUGGAAAUCUGCUUUCUGCUUUGCCCCUUUUCCCGGCAAGUGAAAUUCUGUGUGAAGCUAAUUUGAUUAGCGCUGUCACAUUUCUCCCGGCUGCUCUGCGGAGGAGAUCUUUUUUGCUGGAAAGCAGGUCACAACUGAGAGGGAUUCUGAAAUCUCCCUCCACACUUCAGUUGCUCCAUUAAAGAGUCGGAACACAUUUCUUACGGACACUGAUUGCAGAAUUAAUGUCCACUGGAUUUUCUUUUUUGUUAUUGUUGUUGCAGAACACCUAAUUUGGACAUGAUUCUUCAAGCAAUCAAAAUAAGCCAAAUCCCCCCCCAGCCCAAGCUACUGCACCCUGUACAUGACACAAAUUCUUUGAAAUGAUGCAAGGUUGUGUUACACUGCAGUACAAACUAGUUUCACACGCUGCUGAAACACUCCAAAAGCAAUUUGUUUGUUUUUACCAAUGUAUGUGGACCUGUGUCACUGCCAGGCGUGUUGUUGGUUUAUAUAUAUAUAUUUUCUAUGUGGAGCAACUCAGGUACAGGUUGAAGGAUCAUUUUAGUUUGUCAUCACUCGAUGUGAUUGUUUUGAGUCAAAUUUUUUUUCUUCUUCUUCAAAAUGCCUUGUUUGUGUAAAAGGGUGCUCUUAACCGUAUCUCCCUGUUCAUACUACUUCUACCUUUUCAUUUUUGGUUUUUAUCUAUACACUUUUCUGUGUAGUCUUGCUCUUCUGUAAAAAUCUUAAAAGUAGUUUUUUUUUCAAUUUGUUGUGUAAAUCAGUGGAGGAUUUAUAUAGGAUUUGGCUUCCAGCAUUAGUUACUGUAUUUUAGUCUGUGCCAAUUAGCCAAUCAAAGCCAUUUGCCAUUUUUCAUAUUUCUAGGUCAUACCUGGAGAGGAGAGGAUCUCACUGUGAGUGGCCCCCUACCUAAACACGCAAUGUUCAUGGUACUAACUGAAUGAUUGCACAUCUGAGAAAGGAGAUUGCAGUUUGGAAUGAUCAGCCUCAGUGCUUAACACCUGCAUCCAAUUCGCCACCGUAUCACACUGGAUAGAUUUCAAAGUCAUCGCUUUUCCUUCCCUUCAAGAUCAUUUUUUAAUCUGGCCAUCAUUCCCUUCAAAGUUUGUGCCUGGUUCUAAAGAAAGGUUUGUCCAACGACAGUUUACCGCUUGACGUUGUGUAAAUAGUCGUGCCAUAACUUUCAUAUUCAAAGAGUAUUACUGGCCAUGUAAGGAGAAAAAAGUUGAGGGGGAAAAAAAGGUCCUUUUAACUUUUGUAAUUUCAUUCGAGGCAAGACUGUUGAGGAAAACCUCAAAUAGUAACUAAAAUGACCUUUGUUAUUUUCCCCCCGCUCAUCAAACCCAGUCUUGAAGUAACGUCUAAAGUUAAUCCUUGAUUAUUAUCGGCCUUAUUUGUAGUGAUACAGAGCCUGCCAAUCUCAGACUGAAAAUACUAAUACUCUUUCAUAAUCUGAAAGUUAGGCCUUAAAUGUUUGUUUUUUUAAUUAGUAGCCACUGGCCACUGUUGUGAAUAAUCCACAAAUGUACUGUAUGAAACGUAGUCUUAGACUGCGUGUUCCAAAUACAGUGCAAAGAACGCACCCGUUUAGAUCUUCAGCAGACGGUUCUAGUCAAGUCAAGUCAAGUUUAUUUGUAUGGCCCUAAAUCACAAGCAGUCUCAAAGGGCUUCACAUAGACAAACACUUGACAAUUAUUCUCAAAUUCUAUUGCUAUUCGUCAAAUGUGAUGACAUAGGAAGACUCUUAUAUGUCUGCCUGUGUUGUAAAUGUAGAGAGAGCUGCAUGCAGACCUUUGUUCAUGCAAGUCCAGUCUUCCACUGGCACCUUGAUUCAUUUUAUUACGAUAAAAAGAAAAAAAUAGAAAGGUGUUUGCAGACGAACAGUAAAAAAUCUCAUGAGAGAUUUGUUACCAUUCGUAAUGGUACAAUUGAGCCUCCAACCAGCUCGAGGCACUAUGCAGCUAUGAUUUAAAAAAAAAAAAAAAAAAGAACUUUCUACCAAAGCUCAGUAUCAUUAAGGAUAGGCUCUGGAAAACAAAUAGUGGAAGGAACAUUUUACUCCCAAACACAUGGAAGUAAGAAUGACUUGCCAUCAGAUUUCAAUUGAUCCCCUGAUCGGUCUCUGCAAUACUGUCAAGCGAUGAGUUAAAAGUCAUUCGCUAGCCUGCAAUUAGCACCCAGCCCGCCCAUUGCGUCACCAUCAAGAAAUAGAAGCUCAGUCGUAGCUCGACUUGCGCCUUGUGCCUCAGCCAACGGCCUUAUACCAGCACAAUGUCUUUGUAGCUGAAGCUUCGUCCUACAAAUUGGGAUUCUGUUUUAAGUCUGCGGAUAUCUCAGCUUGCUGGUUCAUUAACGGCUGAGAAGUCUUUUCAUCAUCCGGGCCCCCGGCCCCCGGUACGGGAUUGUAUUUGCGCACAAUCAUGAGGGCUGCUUACUUCUUUGCUGCUAGCCGCCAGCUCUCGGUCACACAUCUCUUGUACAAAUAUACGUUGCAAUGUCUGUGAAAUCAAUACUUGAUGUGACAUGAAUGCAGGGUCAAAGGUCAUUUGUGCCUUUUAAUUGCACAGACUACUCAUUCUUACAAAUGAGUGUAAAUGUGUGUACAGGUCUUUUUUUUUUUUUUAAACGUAUGAAAAUAUGCAUGAGAACCAAGCCAUGUACAAACAUGUUUCAGUGUAUAUAAUGUAAGUAAAUAUUUAAUGACAAAUACAGCGUUCCCUGAACACAAUAAAUAAGUUAACAAAACAUGAUCGACUUUGUCGGAA